AUGAUGAUGAGCAGCAGCAAGAUGGAGAGUAGAGACGUGGAGAAGGCUGGCGGACGGCUGGGCGAGGCGGUGGUGUCUGCAAUCCACGGUGCCAACGUGGGUCUGCUCUACUCGGUGCUCACCAUCGAUUGGCUGUUCGACCUCAAGGGCGGCAAGAGGGCGGAUGGAAAGAGGGAGGAGACCGCGAGCCUGGCCAACACGGUGAAGAAAGGGUGGGCAGAGACCAUGCACAAGGGACGCCGAUUCCUCGAUCUCAGCUGGCGAUUUGGCGAAUACGACGCGAGCAGAGCCAAGGGCAAGUCGAAGAGCGCAUGGCUCACCCUGCACACCAGCCCACUACUCGAUGGCGAGGGCAGGAGGAGCUAUAAGGGCAAGGAGAGGAUACGGCAGAGUGGGCAGAACGAUAGGGAGAGGCUCGUUGCAGGUGAGGUGGAGAAUGAUGAAGUGCUGAAGCUGGUAGAAAUCGACAACUUGGGCCGACUGGGGCGAGGCCUUCUGGUGGGCGCCUGUGCCGUGCCCAUCCUGCCCGAGAUGCUGAUCGCCUUCGCCUUCUUCUGGGCCGCCUACGCGCUGGCCAUCGCCUACGGCCUCACCGCACACAGGAAGUCGGGCAGCUACGCCCUCCUCUCGGUGUUGGGCUUCUUGCACCUGCCGUUCGUGUGGGUGUUGUGGUUCCCGCUGGUGCUACUUGCAUUCCUAGGCGUCGUCCUCUUUCAGUCUCUUCGUUCUCGGGUCUUCGGGUGGCUGGCCGGCAAGGAGAGCGGCAGCAGUGUGCUUCCCUCUCACUUCUCCUCGGCCAAAAACGACUGA